GUGCUAAAGCAUAUGGCCAAACAUAACAGAAACGAUUUUUUAACAUUAGCUAUUCUUUAUUGGAACUGGGGUAAAAUUGAAAAUAUGCAUUUCCUUCUACGCAAAAAGCUAGAAAAAGCAAGAAAGGAAAUCAAACAAGGCACUCCAAAACUCGAGAAAUUGUUGGAAACCCAUAACCUCGUAUAUAAUGAUCUUCCACUGAUUCACAAGGAGCUGGAGACAAAAGCUAAGGCAAUUCUUGACCAAAGAAAAACCAAAAAGACUACAGUUGAUACACUGAGAAGAAUGCUGGAGGGCUUACAUGCUCAUUUAAAGACUACUUCCAUUUCUAUCUCUAAAGAAGCAGAAAAUUCGAAGAGUCGCACUAAAUUAAGGCGGGUUUUGACGGAACCUAAACGAAAGGCUUUGGAAACGAUUGAAUUAAUUAAUUCUAAGGAUACAACGCUUCCAAUUUCUUACGAGGAUUUCAAUGAAGGUGUCUUUCCUUGGGAAACAGUUCUGGAUCGGGAUGACACGCACUUUCCCACACUUUCCCUUGCCGACAAAUAUAAUAUUGUUGAUUCUUGGAUGCUAUUGAAAAGAGCAAGGGAGGAAAUUACAUUGAGUAAGAAUGAAAUGAUAAACUACAUGCGAUUCCUCAUUGAUAAACGGUCAUCACUACAACAACCAAGUCAAAAACAUACCGGAGAAGACGAGAAAUUUGCGAAAGGGAAAUCCGUCAUGAAAGUUUCUGAAGUUCAUCAUCUUAAUUUAAAAAUUCAAAUGGCUCUAACAACAUUUAAUUUAAAGUGCAACCAGGAUUUUUCAGAUUUCGUAUGUGAAACACAAACAAAUCAUUCUGAACCAGAAUUUGAGUUUGACACAUCUGAUGAAGACAAUUACGAUUCUCUCUCAGAAUCCGAAUAUUCUGAUGAAGAAACAGAAAGCUCAUCUAGCUAUUCGGAAGAUGAUGAAUCUGCAAUAUAAUUUAGAAUACAAAUUGCAUAAUUCUUACUAAAAGUUAUGAAAAAUAAAUGUUUGACUCUUUUAAAGCAAUAUUGUAUUUAAUAAAAGUAAGAGAACCUUUUCUCUGAUCCGUCCCGUUGCAAAAUUAAAAUAAUAACUAAUUGUGGUGCUUGAGAGACG